AUGGAUGCUGAUGAAACCACAAGAUUGGUCCGUGGCAAUGCAUGCUGUCUAGUAGCUGCUGUCGGAUUCGCAUUGAACUACUUGCCCGUGAAGAAGUACGACACAGGUGAUGGUAUUUUCUUCUGUGCAGCCAUGUCCUUAGGCAUUCUCGGAGUGGGUUUGCUGCAAGGAAUGCUCUUGACCAGUGCAGAUGGCCUCACCAUCCCCAAGUUUGAGCCGUUGGCGGCGUUGGGAGGAGCCAUGUGGAUGCUGGGCAACCUCAUGUGCCCAUACAUCAUCCAGAUCAUUGGUCUGGGCCUUGGGCUGACGAUGUGGGAUUUAAGCAACAUGUUGGUGGGUUGGUUCAUUGGGCACUUUGGCCUCUUCGGCGUGCACAAGGAAGUCAUUCAACAUCCGCUGCUGAACUGUGUGGGCCUUGUGCUGGCAUCUGUGUCUCUAGUCUUCUUCUCUUUGUCCUCGGUGUUGAACAGCCCAGAUAAAGAGCUGUCUCCGUCGAAAAAGGAGAUUGCGGCCAACGUGGCACGGGAACACAAUUCGCCUGCAUCCUCGGUGGUUUCGGAGCCGAAUCCCGAACCCGCCCCGUGUCUCGCACGAGCUGCAUCGGAUCCGACGGAACUGGUGGUGGGUGAAGAAAUGCGCCAGGUGCGCACCAUGCGCACCAGCGAACGAGUCCAUUCAUGGUUGUCCGAACGUGUCCACCCGAACCACCGCACCUGUUCCGAAAGUGAUCUCGAAGUCGGGCGGAUGCAUACAGGACUGCCGAAGAACACGACCAUCCUGCAGCUGUUAAUUGGCUCUACGAUGGCGGUGGUGGCAGGAACUUUGUUUGGCACCACCUUUGUGCUUCCGACGGCUUUGUUGCAAGGGGACUUUGGCAACCAGCACAGCAAGUCCAUUAUGGACUAUGUCUUUAGCCACUUCAUUGGCAUCUUCCUCAUGGCAGCUUUUUGCGCUAGUGCUCUACGCGGCCAUCAUGGCCAUCCGUAG